AUGCCGCAAUGGGAGCUGCUCUGUUCUAAUCUCACCUCCUGUCAUCAUGGCCAGGUGGAUCUUUUCUCCUUUAUGCUGUUUAUGUCAGCCCUCACCCUCCUGCACAUUGCCAACUGCCACCUGUGUUCUUCUUCUUCUGUAGAAGUCCAGCCAAAUCCUGAUUUCUUUGUGAGUGACAAGAAGGAAAGCCGGCCUCUAUGGACUCCGGGAGGGAUGGCCAAAGCUAUGGAGUCACAGACGCCAUAUUUGCUGCAUCCUCUAGAGAAGACACCUCUAAUUCCUGGGUUCUGUGUUCAUGUGGUUUCUGGAGAGGCCUUUUGUCUGCUGGUGGAUUUUGGGGACACUUCUCGGGCUGAAAUGAGGCUCUGCAACAUGACCAAGACAAUGAUGGUAACUGCCUGCCACCAGUACAGGAAAGAAGGAGUCUAUAAGCUCAAGGCUGUUCUUUGUGAGUUGUAUGGUGUGGAAGUGGAGCUUGGGCCUUAUUAUGUGAAAACUGGCAGUGAGGCUAUGUCAGUGUUCAUGAAUUCCAGCAGCAUCCAUCAGGGGGAGGUCCUUGUCUUUGCCAAUUCCAGCCUGAAGCAGAAAAGUACUAUUGUAAUACAUCGUUUUUCAUCCAUCUCAUCAUACAAUGUGUCCUUUAUUUCUCUGUCCCAAGCUGGUGGCCGCCAGCCUUGGCCCAGUGUGACUGUUCGGUAUGAGAUGCAAUCUAUCUCUGUCUACACAAAUGGAACUGUGUUUCCUGCAGACACAGAUAUCACCUUUGUGGCUGUUACCAAGGAAACCAUACCCCUGGAGUUUUCCUGGUAUUUUGGAGAUGAUCCACCAGUGCUGACAACUUCCAGAAGUAUUAGAAGAAGGCUCCACCUCCCUAAGUGGUACCACGUGACAGUCAAGGCUUCUAGUGGGAUGGACAGUGUGGUCUCAGAGCCACAUCUCAUCAGGGUGCAGAAGAGAAUUGUGGCCAAUCGGCUCAUGUCUACCUCCUCAGCCUUGGUAAACACCAGUGUGGCCUUUGAGUGCAGAAUCAACUUUGGCACAGAUGUUGCCUAUUGGUGGGACUUUGGGGAUGGUAUUGUCAGCUCAGGGAACAGCUCCACCAGCCACAUCUACAGCAGGGAGGGAGAAUUCAGAGUGGAGGUCCUGGCCUUUAAUAACGUCAGCUCUGCCGUCCUAAGAAAGCAGCUUUUCAUCGUGCGGGAGCCCUGCCAGCCACCCCCAGUGAAGAACAUGGGGCCUGCCAAGGUCCAGAUAUGGCGGUCUCAGACCCUGAGACUGGAAGUAACGUUUGAAGCUGCUGUCCUCUGUGACAUCUCCCAAGGUCUUUCUUACACCUGGAACUUUCUAGACUCCCAGAGGUCUCUUGUUGUCCUCCCUGCUGGCAUCCACACUCACAGACAGACCAUCCUGCUGCCAAGCUACACACUGGAGUGUGGGAACUACACCGCCAUUGCGAAGGUGCAGAUCAAAGGCAGUGUGGUACACAGCAACUACUGCGUAGCUGUGGAGGUGCGAUCCAGGGUCCCUGUCAGUGUGAUCUCAGCGGGCACGCACCUCUUUGUCCCCAGGGUCGCCCUGGUCCCCAUCGUCCUCAGUGGGUCUCAGUCCUAUGACCCUGACAACAGAGGCGCCGUUCUCAGGUAUCUCUGGGCAUGCACAGUUGCCAGCUCACCUGGACGGCCCUGCUUUGACAACGCCCCGCCCCACCAACUGGAUGCCAGAGCGCCCACUGUUUCCUUCCUGGCUGGGUGGCUCAGUGGAUGCUGUGACCAGUUCCUUGUGACUCUGACUGUCUCCAGUGGUGGCCGGAACUCUUCUGAGGCCCAGGUGUUCCUGUCUACCCGCGACGACCCAGCCUUCAGAUUCAUCCAUCUCUUCUGGGUGAACUUUAAAGACAUCCAUGUCAACUGGAAUGAAGAACUUUCUCUCCAGGCUGUGUGUGAACUCUGCGAAGACAUCCAUGACCUUUCUUACUCCUGGGAUCUCUUCUUAGUUAAUGCAACAGAAAAGAACAGGAUGGAAGUUCCCUUUUGUAGCACCGUGGGGCUGCUGGGUGCCUCAGCCCUUGAGGCCGUUUUGAAGUCAUCAGAGUCCAAUCUACUGGCUGCAGAGCCAAGCAUGGCAGAUGGUAAUGGAAGACCCACACUGUCCUGGCUGGGGCCUUCACUCUCCACCCUGGCUCCGCCCAUCAUUUCAGUCACAGAGAGCAUGCCCAUGAAAGAUGGCUACUAUCUUCCUGCUGGUGGUGAUACCAUGGCCCCAGCAGAGUCUCCUGAGGAUGAGCUGCAGAGCCCAGAGACAGGGUCCCUGGCGGAGGGAAGCUGGCCUCAGCCCAGCAUCUCCCCUGCCCUGGAUGAUUUUGAAGCUUAUUACAGCGACAUCCAAGAAGCAGUGCCAUCCAGGGGAAGACAGCCAGGGAACAAUAUCAGCCCCCCUGGACAAGGACCAAGCUCUCAGGCUGAGGGGAACCCCUACGAUGGGGACAACCUGCUGGGUCCCUUCCUCUCCCCAAGCAGAGCAGGGCCAGUUCUCAUGACCGACUGGCUCAAGACCCAGGUCAGACCCGCUGUUUUCCAAGGCUACACAGCAUCAGGUAUCACAGGAUCAUCUGUGACGAUAAAGCCCUACUCCCUGAGCAGUGGAGAGACAUACGUUCUACAAGCAUCUGUGGCUUCCAAGCAUGGCUUACGAGGCCGAGCUCAGCUCUACUUCACAGUCAACCCGACUCCACAAGACAUGGCCUGCCAGAUAUGGCCCCACCAUGGUCUUGAGGCACAGACCAUCUUUAGUGUUUUCUGCCUGUCAGUGAAUCCGGACUUUCACUAUGAAUUUAGUUACCAGCUUGGAAAUGCCUCCAAACACACUCUGUACCGUGGAAGAGAUACCCAUUAUUACUUUGCACUGCCAGCUGGUGAGCCCUUGGACAGUUACAAAGUCAUGGUUUCCACCGAGAUCACAGAUGGAAAAGGCUCCAGGGUGCAGCCAUGCACUGCAACAGUGACCGUGAUACCCCGUUUCCACGGGAACAGCUGCCUCAGCCAGGACCUAUAUAAUUCCAGCCUGAACAGCUUGUCUACCCUCCAGCUGAUGGGGAGUCACAGGGAAGCAAGGAACUUCAUCACCAUGAUCACUGGAAUCCUGAGACGUUUGUCUAAGGAGAACAGAAGUACUUCAUGUGGCCAGUGGUUGCAAACGCAAGAUGUGUUAAUUUCUUCCUUGUGCAAAUUAGUGUUUACAGAUCAGGAAGAAAUAAUUGAUUCUAUUCUUUUAUUAAGAGACCUCGUAAGUCUUCCUCAUAAGUUAAGCUUUGUUAGUGCAGUACACAUUCUCAGGUACUCCCAGAUACUCCUUGCUCAUGGCCAGUUCUUGGAAAGAUUUGUGGUUGACAAAGGACUUGGUCUUGAACUUAUCCUACUCAUUGCUGGAGUCUGGGAAGCCAGCACACAAGAAAACUUGACAAGUGAGAACUAUCUACAAGAAGAAGGAAUGAAGAUCAUCUCAGAUGUGUUGCUAAAGUGUCUUUCUUUGAGCCAUGAGCAUCAAUUCCAUAUGAGCACUGGGCAGAUGGAAUUCUGGAUCCUUCUUCAUCACAACCUUCAGAGCUCUGUUCAGAGCCUGGGCUCUGUCCAGGUGCAUUUACCUGGUGACCUGGCUUGGCACACUCUUGCUCAAGAAGAAAUGCAAAGCCCAUGUUACAUAAGCCAACUCCUGUUCUUCAAAAAGAGCCCCUAUCCAAGGGUGCCGGAUCCUGGGCAGGUUGGUGUUGUCGUGGGCAUCACCCUCUACAGCUGCUCCAGCAGAAGGCCCAUCCCAAGAGGACGGCUGCAGACACCCAUGACUGUGGAGUAUGGGGAGGAAGAUAGUCCUGAUAAUAACAGAAACACAACGACGUUUGUAUUGCUGCGGAAUCAGGUGAACUUCCACCAGUUCACUGGGCUUUCUGGAAACUCCCAGGGAUCUCUACAGAUACACAUUGAAUUUUCUAAUGUAAAGACAAGGGCAUUUCCUGUCAUGUUGCUAGUCAGAUUCUUCGAGAAGCCUACUCCUUCUGAUUUUCUUGUGAAACAGAUCCACUUGUGGGGUGAACAAACUGUAGACAUUUACAUACCUGUUGUUCUGCAGAAAGGAGCCAACAUGGGAUAUUUAUCCCUACUGGAUGCUGAUUAUGACAGAAGACCUCCCAACAAGAACUUCACUAAGGCUGUGAAGUAUACAGUAUGUUUCCAGUGGCUCCAGUGCAUGUUUUGGGACAAGAGAGAGUGGAAAUCUGAAAGUUUCUCUCCACAACAAGGAGCUUCUCCAGGAAACGUUAACUGCAGCUACCAUCGCCUGGCAUCCUUCUCUCUCCUAAGAAAAAAGUUGAAUGCCAGUCUUGAAGUGAGUGACAUUUCCGAGUUACAGAAACACCCACAAAACCUGUUUCCCAGUAUCCUCAUUGUGGUCUUUGUGAUUCUUUACGGAGUUUUGAUUACUAAAACCAGACAUGUAGAUUGUCAUAACAAAAAGAAAACUGAAUAUAUCUUUCUUCAAGAAGACAUGCCACCUGGCCACCACCUGUAUGCACUUGUCCUAGCCACUGGCUUCCGGUCUCCGGCCAGGUUUACAUCAAAGGUUUUCGUUGUUUUCUGUGGUGAAAAUGGGCUUUCGGAAACCAGAGAACUCUACUCUCCAGAGAAGCCCCUAUUCCAAAGGAAUUCCAAGCACACUUUUAUCCUGAGUGUAUCUGCCCAGUUGGGUCCACUCCAGAAGAUCUGCCUGUGGCAUGACUGCCGGGGACAUUCCCCCAGCUUGUUCAUCAGCCACAUGAUGGUGAAGAACUUGUGCUCAGGACAAGGCUGGUUCUUCCAUGCCCAGUGCUGGCUGGCUGCGAGCCGAGGCGAUGGCCGUGUGGAGCGGGAGUUCACUUGCCUGCACCAUGGGCUUGGCUUCCAGAAGCUUUUCUAUUCAAAGUUCACGGAGUACUUGCAGGAGUCCCACAUCUGGCUCUCAGUGUACAGCUGGCUUUCCUCCAGUGGUUAUCUGCAUGUACCUCGGCUGGCUGUGUCCUUCUGCCUACUAUGUGUCUAUGCUUACCUUGCUGCCCUGGUCACUUCAGGAGGACAUGAGCAGCCUCUUCUAGUUGUUGGCCCUGCUGAUAUCACUCUCAGAUCGCUUGGCCUGAGUCUCCUGUGCACCUUCCUGGCGGCUCCAGCAGCACAUCUUGUGUCACUACUCUUUGGGCUCAAAAAGGAAGCCACAGUGUGUCCCCCAGCUACAAUAGGCCCAUCCGUGAAAGGAACACAGCUGGAUGCACCUCAGGGCCCUAAUUCCUGUGGUAGGAUACCAGAUGUGAGGGAACCCUAUACGCCUUCUGUACCAGCCAUUCCCUCUGGAAGUAACCUUAUGUGGAGGAAGGGAGUAAAUGACAGUGAUGCAGCUGGUACAACCCUGGAGCUGGAGGCCAGUGUGGCAGGCCACUGUGAGACAGCCCUGAAGGAGAAGAGUCACAAGCCUGCCCCGACACGAAGUGAUGUCCACGUGGAUUGCACUCCUAGCACUGGUUUUGAAGGAUUUAUGCCCUGGAGGUCUAGGGCCUACCCACCUUGGCUGAGCUCUGCAGGCUGGAUCAUGUGUGUAUUGGUUUCCCUGGCCUGUGGUGUGGGGACAGGCUUCCUUGGCUACAGGUUUGUCCCAGCACAGUGUGUGCAGUGGCUGUACCUGCUGUCGCUCUCUGUGGUCUGCUGUGCGUGUGUCACCCAGCCACUCAUGAUCUGCUGUAUGACGCUGGCUUUUGCUUGGAAAAGAAAAGACGACAAGGACUUUUUUACUGGGUCCUUAUGUGAGGCAACGAGGAGUCUAGCUUUGGGACUGAGCCUGGGCUCAGGAGCCCACCUUGCCCUUUCUCCUGGCGGGGCCCCUGUCUGUGCAGGGGAGGCAGAAAAGGUCUUGGCUGCCCGUCGCCGUGAGCGCCACCUGCGCUGGGCACGGCCACCAUCCAUGGCCAAACUGAGGAGCAUCCGAGAGAGGUUGAGAAGACAGGGCCAAACCCAGGCAGCCCUGAGAGACAUCUGCAUGUCCAUCCUCACACUGCUUCUGCUUUUGCUGAUAAUCUAUGGGAAAGUUUCCCCAGCGGAACGUUCUCUCAGUCAAGCUUUCCGGAAGAAAUUUAUGAGAGAGGCCAGGAAUUACCUAGGGGACCUGAGAGGCCCUGAUGGCUGGUGGGACUGGUGUGUGACCGCGCUGCUGGACGGACUGUACCCAGAAGGCCUCUCUGCUGCUGGCCAGGUGCCUAGGGCUCAGCCAGGAGCUCUUGGAGGAAAAUGCUACCUCCUCGGUACCCCUGUGAUCAAGCAGCUCAAAGUCUUUCCCUGUGGUCCAUGCAAGUCUCCCAGGCCAUUCUGGAUGUUCAUUGGAGGCUCUGAUCCCAUGUGUCGCCCUGAAACCCAAGGCCUUGCGAAUCAAAGUGUGGUCUCCUGUAGUCCUGAGGCCUGUGGGGCCAGAAAAGAGGCCUGUGUGCAUAGCCUGGGCAGAACAAGGCCCAAAGCCCAUGCAGCCCUGGCUGCCCUGAGGGCCAGCAGGUGGAUUGACCAGAGCACCAGGGCAGUGUCUGUGCACUUCACCCUCUACAACCCCGCAGCCCGACUCUUCUCCAGCGUGACCCUGAGUGUGGAGAUUCUCCCUACUGGAGGCCUGACCCCCUCUUUCCUAGUGCAAUCCUUCAGCAUCUUCCAUAGUGACUCAGCCCCCCAGUACUAUCUCAUGCUUCUCAAGCUCAUCUUCCUGGUGCUCCACUUGGCCCACCUCUGCCUUCAGCUCUGUGGGACUGCUGAGGAGGGUCUCCUCAGCUGCUGGCGGAAGCCCAGAACCUGGCUCGAGAGGGUGCAGUGGCUCCAAGGACUCCUCUCCUUCUUCUGGAUGUGGAAAUGCAUUCAUGCUCUUGGCUUUCUGAACAAAAUGGUGUCCUGCUCUUCCAGGAUGUGCCUGUUUGUCAUCAGAGUCUUUGCCCCAGUGCUGGCUGGAGUCCUAUUACUGGCUGCCCACUUCCACCUGCUCUCGUUUCUGCUCUUCACCUGGGUGCUGCCAUCUAAUCCCUCUGCAGACCCCAUCCGUAGGCUGCCUUUUCAUUUUCUGGGAAGAAACCAGAAGGAUUUCUUCCACAGCCUCCCAGAGGCCGGCCGGAGAUCCACAGCUUGCUUCUGUGUGGCAUUCUUCCUACUGAUGGCCACCAUGUCGUUCAGAAUGCUAAGUUCUUGCUUCCAGAUCUUUUUCCGAAAAAGAAAAUCUCCACACCGUCAAUCUCUUGUGACACUUAAAGAUGUUGCUGCUCAUGUGUGGAAGGAGGUGCAGACCUUGCUAGGGCUGGAAAAGCCAAAGGUGGAAGAGACUGAGGAGACUGGAGAGCAUAAUUACUACCUGGAUGAAUGUUCACUUCUGAUCGAUGAGCUUCUGAGGAAGAUUAAUGGUUUGUCUGAUAGCCUAGAACUUCCUGGUCUAGAAAACCAACCUGGAAGAACUGUGGAGAGGAGGGCGGAUGAUUCUCCGCUAGCAGGCAUUUCACAGUACUAAGUUACUAGGCAGACAAGAGAAUGACUUCAUCAGAAAUGUGCAUUUGGGUACAUCAUCUCUCCACCGUACUCUUGGUUUAUCCAUCCCUGGCUUAUCUUUUCUGGAUGAAACCCCUCAGCACAACAGCCCUGAAGUCACAGGCCAUCCACAAUUCCUCUGCUUUCUACUUGACAAGAUUCUGGCUUUGUGGACGGCCUGAAGCAUCUGUUUCCACUUCCACUGUACCAAGACCCAGCCAGGAAGAGGGAUGAGCCCUGAGCUCUGUCAGAUUCUGUAGAAGUUGAGUCAUGCUGGGAUCUCCUCAACUCUAGGUUCUUUGGGGUUACAAUAUGCCAGUGUCAGUAACCACACAUCUCUAUCGUGUACACUGGCGGGGCCUUUGCUGGGAGAAUACCUGGCGAUCUGGCCAAGGCACUGAUGCAGAAGUGAGAGCGCGCACACCCACGUCAAGGUCAAGGGAGCUGACAACUUGUUCCUCAAGACAACAUGCUUCAGCCCAUGGGUGUCAUGAGUAGCUUGCCAUAACCACUUGGAAACUGCUACUGGGAACAGUCUGCCAAGAAGCAUGCUGCCUGCAUAUACUGCCUUUGCAGUCUGACCACGCCGGCAGGGUGGCAGGGACCGUUGGACACAAGUGGCCUCUGCCUUGCUUGAGGACCCCUGGCCAAGCCUCAGUCACUGGCCUCCAACUCUACUUCUGCUCCAUGUGUGCUGUGGACCCAAGGAAGACAAAUGAAAGGAUUGGGGCAUUGGCCCAGAACAAAGCUGUAUCCAGGACUUUUUUCUUUUUGACCAGAA